GAACACGCAAGGAAACAGAGGAUGACUUGCUGGCAGGAGUGCUCCAGGUGCUGGAGCUGCCUGGCUCCGGCUGCAGGGCAUUAGGACCCAGGGGUUGCCGAGUGGAGGAGGCUGAAUUCCCUCCCGCUGUCAUCCUCCUGCCUCUGCAGCUUUAUCCCUACAGCCUUCAAUGGUGACGGACUCCCUCCCACCCGGGCUGGCAGCCAGAGCCAGAAGGCCUCGCUAGGACCGGAUCCCUGCAGCUCUAUGGCAUCUCCCAGGACUAUCACCAUCGUCGCCCUCUCGGUGGCCCUGGGGCUCUUCUUCGUCUUUAUGGGGACCAUCAAACUGACCCCUCGGCUCAGCAGAGAUGCCUACAACGAGAUGAAACGAGCCUACAAAAGCUACGUGCGGGCCCUGCCCAUGCUGAAGAAGAUGGGAGUCAGCUCCAUCCUCCUCCGCAAGACCAUCGGCGCCCUGGAAGUGGCGUGUGGCAUUGUCAUGACACUGGUGCCUGGUCGCCCCAAAGACGUGGCCAACUUUCUCCUGCUCCUCCUCGUGCUGGCUGUGCUCUUCUUCCACCAGCUCGUGGGGGACCCCCUCAAGCGCUACGCCCACGCCCUGGUGUUUGGGAUCCUGCUCACCUGCCGCCUGCUCAUCGCCCGCCAGCCCGAGGAGCUGCCAUCUGAGAAGAGGAUGCUGUCGGUGAACGGGGAUGAGCAGCCACUCAUCCACGAAGCAGCUCCCGAGAAAGGCAAGAUGAAGGUAUCCUAGUUGAGUGCAUGUGAGAAACACGGACCCUCGAGGCAGCUCUCUCCAAAAUCACCUGGAACAAUUUGGUUUUUAUUUUAAACCUAUUUGCGUUUGUUUUUUUUUUUGUCUGUCUAAAUAAAGUUGCACUUGGGGUCUGAGAGAUACAAGGUAUGUCUACACCGUAGUCUUGCUUUUGCUGCUGCCCUGUAAUGUAGAAAAACACAAGCCAGCUUUCCCGGGGACAGCUUGGAGGCAGUCAGCAACCUGGCUGGAGCAGUGCCGGCCGCAGCAGGAGCUGCAAAACCAGCCUGAGACCCUGGGCAGAGAUUUGGGCGGGCAGUCAGGCUGCCCUGGCACUGCUGCAGUGGGGAGAUUAGUCUCUGAGACCAGCCCCGAGCCCCAGACCUGGCCUGGAUGCUGCUGCCUGGCAGUCUAGAACAGCAGCUGGGCAGGACAUCACCAGUGUCCCUGUGCUGGCCUGUGCAGCCCCACCCACACACCUGCAUUUCCUUUUCCAUUGUCAAGGGGCAAAAGGGACCCUACUGUCCAUAAAAGUGCAGUUGCUUGUGUUGGAGAGAGGGAUCCCUUUGCUUUUGCUGCCUCUGUGCCCAGUCCUUUCUUUGGACUGGUUAUCCAGGGAAAACGUGAGAUGCUCUGUUUGCAUCUUCCUUGAUUUCCAUGUAGAGGCUCUAAAACUGGGACAGUGGCCUGAUAACAGUAAUAUUUUGCCCGCUUCACAUGAGGCAACGGCAUCUCUUUAUCCUUUUUGGCAGAGAGUAAUGAUCCCUGGAGAGGGGAUGGGGAGCAGAACUGCCCAAAGAACUCCAAAAUAUCUGUCAGAUGUAGGCAAAUAGCAUCGUGCUCCCCGUUUCCUUGCAAGAAAAAACCUUUUUUCCACAGCUACUGUGACUUUAUAGAAUUGUUGUUUAUUGCUGGUAGAUGAGGGUCUGAACAAUUCCAGGUACCUCAUUGCUCAUCCCACAUACAGCCUCGGUGAGCUGGGAGAACUGUUACCAGAGCCUGAAUCCCUGUGUUGUAUCUGAAAUCUUAGAGUGUCAUAAGGAGCAUGUGUUACCUCUGAAUUUGUCUGGUUUUCUUAAUGUUUGUCUGUUUUCAGUUUUUCCUUAUUUUUUUUUUAAUUAUUCAUGAAAAUAAACUUUUUGAAAUUUGGAGAAAAA